AUGGAAAAGAUACACAGAGAAGUACUUAGUUCUAAUAUGGCCAAGCUGGCUGAUGAAAUAGACGUUGACGAUUUCUUGGACGAUCUCCGAAAUGAAGAAAUUCUGACUGAAGUUUUGACUGAAGACAUCGAGUCAGAAAAAUCUCGGAGAGCCAAGACGGGCAAAAUGGUGAUUCUGUUACAGUCGUGUGGACCCAAAGCAUUCAAAGUUUUCAGACAAUUGCUAAAGAAAAAGGGACACACGGACAUUGCAUUGAAAAUGAAGAAAGAUGUGGAGGAAUUAAAAAUGCAGGAAAUUACACGAGAUCUUAAGAAAAUAGAAAAGUCUGGUCAAAUCCCAAUGGAGGCGUAUGGAGAUAUAUUGGCUCUGCAUCGGGAAGAGGUCGUUGAGGAUUUAUGGGUGGAACACAUCAUGCCGUUGAUGGCGUACCCCGUGGAUCUAUCCGAAGGGCACGUGGAUGAAAUCAAGAAACAUACUAGCAGGAAAGCGAAGGCGGAGACUUUGUUCGAUAUCAUGAAGAUGCGAGUAGAUUACGAUGGCAAGAAGGCAUUCUAUUCAUUCUGUGACGUCAUAGGCAAAGUGUACCCGCAUUUGGCCCAUCAAAUACUGAAAGACGAAGUAAAAACCAUGGUCGCUGUAUCGAGACCUACAACGAAAGUAGGAAAUGAUCCAGAGAGUCCGGCGCCCUCACGCGACCAAACGCCAUCCCGCACACCUUGCAGUCAACGUGAAGAAGAUAUGACGCUACCACCAACAUCGACAAAACAGGUAUCCUUCCGAUCUCCCAGGCCAAGCUCAAAUUCACCGAAACCAGCUAAAUACAAAAAAACUCCUCUACCUGACAUCAUGUCCCCGAUCACUUCAAGAUCAUUGCGCUCUCCGGUUACUUCAAGGUCAACGCAAUCUCCGGUUACAGGCACACGAGAAAGUCUACAAAGUUCGCGCCGGACGCCUCUUCCGAAAGUUUCAGAAAGUUUGGCAAAGCUCGAAGAUCAAUUGAAUACUUCUGUCAAAGACCGUUAUGAAAGAUGGUUGGGUAUCGACAUGCCAGAAAGAACUGACAUGCAAUCACAACACCUGGACAGAGCCACCAAACUGAUCAUCGAAGCUGGCGAUGCGAUCGAAAAACUUGAAUCAAAGAUCAAAGCUUUACAAAGAGAGCGCGAUGAGGCAUUUGAGAGUCGAGACCAAGCACUUCAAUACACAGAUCAUAUGCAGGAGUCCUUGAGACAGCUCGAAAAAGAAAAAGAGGUCGAGUCUGGCAGGGUUCAAAAACUUUCCGAGUACAUUAUCCGUCCGGGCAGCACUCCGGGUGGACGCGGCCGGCGCGUAACGCCACAGAAAUUCCGUCCGUUUUCUCUCCGUAUACGCAAAUCCAAAACGGUAGACGAUAUCAAAGAGAUGGUCAAACGAAGAGAAGGAAUCCCGUCAGAGUGGCAACAGUUUUAUUAUAAUGGCAAACUGCUGAAGGACCACUUCACGUUACGGGAACAAAACGUCUAUGACCAAUCGAAAGUGGAUCUCAAGCUGGAAGUACCUGAGGGGGUCUUGCCGCUGAUUAUUAAAACCGUGGACGACGACACACAUGUGAUCGCCGCGGAAAUGGAAGAUACAAUCGCCGCUGUUAAGGCGAGGAUUUACGACAAGGAAGGUAUACCCCCACACCAGAUACGACUGGUCCAUGGCGGUAUUAACUUGGACAAUAAUCGGACUCUACGCGAAUACGGAAUAGAGAGUGCGUCAACUUUGCACAUGGUGAUGCGCUAUAAUAUCAUGGUGCGGUCUUUUAAGGAUAAAACGAUUUCUUUGCAAGUCGGAGAAGCAGACUCCAUCAAGAAAAUCAAGAUGUUGGUGAACGAGAAACUUGGAAUAGCUCCAGAGAUGCAAAGGAUUGUGUUUUCUGGGAAAGUGUUGGAAAAUUCCAAAUGUUUGGCGGACUACCAUAUUUGGGAGAACAGUGUGUUAAGUCUGGUGCUCACGGUGUCCGUUUUACGAAAGUCACGACUAGAUUUUGACGAGGAAAUGUACAACGUGGACCUGGACCCACGAGACAAUGUAGUCAAGUUGAAAAGAAAGUUAGAAGAAAUGUCUGGGGUCGAGGCUGAACGACAGCAUCUCGUCCUGGACGAUGUCUAUUUAACGAACUACGACAGAGUCGCCCCUUACGCCCAAAAGGGGAAAACCAUCAUCAUGUACGUUGACCUCGUGUGCGUUACCUGGGAAACAGGCGAAGUUGUGCUGCGGAAUGUGCGCCCUCAAGAGACCAUCCACCGAGUCAAAAUGAAGAUUCACGAAUUGUUUCAUGUACAGCCUGUAUGGAUUUCUCUUACGUGUGAACACAAACAACUUAACGUUGACACUUUGACCUUCGAAGAUUACAACAUAGACGAUGGGUCACAGGUAAUAUUUACUUUAAGGGCGAUACCGGUUCAGAUUCUUAUGUUAAGUGGAAAGACAUUUCGAGUGAACGUUUACAGAAAAUCAACUCUUAAACACAUCAAGUCUUGGAUAGAACAAAAAGUUGGCAUUCCCAAAAAAGUACAGCGAAUAUAUCACAAUGGUAUUGAAAUGAAGAACGGCGACGUGUGUGAAGAUUACAAUAUUGAUGACCAUUCUGUGUUGUAUCUGAAAUAA